AUGCCGAAGCAGAAGGUGAUCGACCAGCCCAAGGCGAAAGAGAAGAAGAAGAUUGAUCCGAAGGCGGGGACCAACGACGACAAGAAGCUGAAACCGAAGAGCCAGAAAGAGUCAAAGAAGCCGGCGACGAAGGCCCAAGGAUCGAACAAGGAGCACAAGGACCCGGAGAAGUUGAAGGGCACCCAGCUGAAGUCCGGCUCCUGGGCUGCGGCCGAGGCGCUGAUCGAGUUCACGUCUAUUGAUGAAGCGAAAACGGCCAAGUACGCGCUGAACGGCGAAGAUAUCUUCAACAAUUCGUGCAGCAUCCGUGCCGAGUUUUUCCGGGAAAACAACGUGCGCAUUCGGGAUCUGGACGAGGACCAUCGAGUCUACAAUCCUGACGGCACGCCCGUUCCAUUGCCGAUGCCAUACGGGAUGCAGCGAGGCCCCGUCCCCCAUCCUGCUUAUGAACAGGCGGCAUACGCUUCGAUGGGAUACCCGCGUGAUCGAGCCUACCCCGGCAUGGCGAAUCCGGGAUUCCCGCCUCAAAUGUAUGGAUUCUUCCCCGGCACCCCACACCCUACGCCGGCGCCGCGCCGUGGAGGCCCUCGUCGUUCCGGCUUCGACCUGCCCGUCCCGCGCUGGCCC